AGACUCCACUCCUCCACACACACACCGCCAGUCUCUCAGUUCUGUUUCUCAGAUUAUCGGCUACCCAAAAGACUUAAUAAUGAAUCUCUUCAAAGUCCAUAAUCAUCACUCUCAAUCCCAAAUUUUCCAUAUUUCCAAAACCUCCCCUUUUCGCUCAAUUCAUUAUUAUUCUCAUGGAUUCAAAUUCCCACUUAAAACAGUCACUCCUUUCUCCUCUUCUAAUCUUUCACCACUUUCUCACUACGCACCCACUUUCAACGUCUCUUGCAUUUCAAAACAAGCUCGGCCUUCUCUUUUGCAGGAUGAUGAUGAUGAUGAUGGUGAGGGUGAUGUUAACAGUGUAGCACAAUUCGAAGAUUUAGCUCAAGACGGUGACGUUUAUCAGAAAACUCUCAGACUGGUGGAGUGCUCUAUGUUUGCUGCUGUUACUGGCCUUGUCUAUUUCUUGAGCAAUUCUUUAUCAAUUGAGAAUUAUUUUGGAUGUUUCUUCUCAUUGCCAAUAGUAAUCUCUUCAAUGAGAUGGGGUGUUGCAGCUGGGAGGAAAACCAUGGUCGCAACAGCUAUGCUUUUAUUUGUCUUGUCCGGUCCGCUAAAAGCUUUAACAUAUCUGCUAACGCAUGGCAUAGUUGGUUUCACAAUGGGUUCUUUGUGGAGGUUGAGAGCAGACUGGGGUCUUUCGAUAUUUUUGUGCACAAUUGCUCGAGCAACGGGCGCCAUGGGGUAUGUCUUUGUAACCUCAUUCUUGAUAAGAGAAAACAUACUUGCUCUGAUCACCAUAAACAUUCAUGCUUCUCUGACGUUGAUAUUUGCUGCAAUCGGUAUUAAUACAAUUCCAUCAAUGAACCUGAUAUACACCUUAUUUGGGAUCCUGGUAUUGCUAAAUAGUGGAUCUUUCGUGUUCUUACUACACCUUCUAUAUUCUGUGUUCUUUACAAGGCUUGGGAUGAAAGAUUCACUGAGAUUACCUAGAUGGCUGGAGAAAGCCUUAUUAUAGGAUUGGUACUAUUAUUAUGAUAUCAUGUUCACAGGGCAGCCUCAAGUGAGAUGGUUACUAGAAAUUGUAACUUAGCAAUAUUUUUACCCUUAUUUUUUUAAUCUAUCAUUUCUCAAUCUACCAAAACGAAAUGGAGCCUUCUUCUUUGUUACACAGUCA